GGAAAAGAGGGUGGUGUAUCCUAGCAUUACUCUAAUGCAGCGGGCUCAAUUUUUUUGGUCUUGUCCUCACAACUCAUCCUCUUGGGUGAAGGAGAAAGAGCCUCGCACGUCCACCGUACACCAGAUUGUAAAUGGCGGUUCCGAUGACAUCUCUGGUUUCGUCUUUCGCCGCUCUAUCUUUCUCGUCUCCUCAGUCUCAGAAGCCCCGCGCGCUGUCUUUUAGCAGCUCGAACCACCUCUCGCUGUCUCUUACGCCUAAGAACCCUAACCUGCUAAGAGCAGCCGCCGCCGUGGCAGCUCCGUCGGCGGAGGACCUGGAAACCGCCGACCUCCAGAAAUUCGUGAAGUCUAGGCUUCCUGGAGGCUUCGCUGCUCAACCUAUUUUCGGAACUGGCCGCCGGAAAUCCGCCAUUGCUCGUGUGGUCCUCCAGGAAGGUUCCGGCAAAGUGAUCAUAAACUAUCGAGACGCCAAGGAGUAUCUUCAAGGGAAUCCAUUGUGGAUUGAGUAUGUCAGAACUCCAUUGGCUACUUUUGGGUAUGAGACAAGCUAUGAUGUUUUUGUGAAGGCGCAAGGGGGUGGCCUUUCUGGACAGGCUCAAGCAAUCUCCCUUGGCAUCGCCCGAGCUCUACUGAAGGUGAGCGAGGACCAUAGGAAAGCCUUGAGAGCAGGAGGCUUGCUGACUAGGGACUCCAGAGUGGUGGAGAGGAAGAAAGUCGGGCUCAAGAAAGCCCGAAAAGCUCCCCAAUUUUCCAAACGUUGAAUCCAUCAUUUUCACUACGACGGAGUGUAUAUUUCUUCAAUGUAUGGUUUUGUCAAAUUAAAUCCCUUAUUGUUGUCUUUAUAGGUCACAAAAUUAUUGCUCCCUCCCCUCCCCAAACAGUCUUGUUUUAUAAAUGUAGAAGUGUACAACAGUCUUUUUUUUAAGUUGCUCCGAGACGCAUCAAUGUGGUAUCGUGAAGAAGCUUGGUGCAUCAAUGUGGUAUCGUGAAGAAGCUUGGUGUGACAUUCUUGCUACUACGUCUCAAAAAUUCCUUCUCAUUUCUUUUUUUUCUUGUCCCACAAAGUCUUACUCUUUCCAGUUUCUAUUAAAGAACUAUUUUUAUU